AGCACACAGACCCCGGCCCGCUUCCGCCAGCCAGCCAGCCCUCCUCAAGCUCCUGCAGCGGGGACUGCUUCCUCCCCGUCCCGGCGAGCUCUGGGCGCGCUCUCCAGCUCUCUGGGACGCCAGUCUCUGGGCGCCGGAAGUGGUCUGAGGCGUGCUGCGUGCACAGCUUUCUCUUCAUGGUUGUGACAGGAAGUUUGCACACGCAGGUCGCCUCCAUUCCCACGCCGGGCAGCGGACGGGCCCAGUCACUCAGCACGCGCAAUGAAGAAACAGAGGCUCAGAGAGGCGAAGUAACCCCGCUGAGGUCACCCAGCAGAAGACAGGCUGUGUCUCUUCACUAAGAUGUCUGCUAACCCCCACCUCCCGGAACAGGCAAAGCUCUGAGACAGAGACAGAAGCCAGCCAGCACACCUCUAAUGGCCUUUGGAUGACAUAGGGGACGUCAGACGCAGGCUGGCCACCUCUCCACCACACUGACGUCAGCCUCAGCAGUCCCCCUCCCCCGCGGCCACUUGGAUCGCACGGUGACUCUGGGAACUGCUUCCCAUUUCCACUCAGCUGGGUGGGAUUUCCUCCCACCUUCGCAGGGACGCCCCGCGGAAAGCCACGGCGAUGGCCAUGAGGAAGCGAACCCUCAAAUUGCUCACCUUCCUCGUGCUCUUCAUCUUCCUCACCUCCUUCUUCCUCAACUACUCCCACACCGGGGUGCCCACCACCUGGUUCCCCAAGCAGAUGGUCCUGGAGCUCUCAGCAAACUUCAGGAAACUCAUCAAAUUCCAGCCGUGCACCUGUGCCAGCUGCCUCAGCCAGCACGGGGUCUCAGCCUGGUUCGACCAGCGCUUCAACCAGACCAUGCAGCCGCUGAUGAAUGCCCACAACGCCCUCAUGCCCCAGGACACCUACCAGUGGUGGCUGAGGCUGCAGCGGGAGCGGAAGCCCAGAAACCUGAGCGACAUCGUGCAGGAGCUGUUCAGCAUAGUGCCCGGGGACGUGGACCCGGUGCUGGAGAAGAGGGUGGUGGGCUGCCGGCGCUGUGCCGUCGUGGGCAACUCAGGCAACCUGCGGGAGUCCUUCUACGGGGCUGAGAUAGACAGCCACGACUUCGUGCUCAGGAUGAACAAGGCACCCACCUUGGGGUUUGAGGCCGACGUGGGGAGCAAGACCACCCACCAUCUCGUGUACCCCGAGAGCUUCCGGGAGCUGGGAGAGAACGUCAGCAUGGUCCUAGUCCCCUUCAAGAGCACAGACCUGCAGUGGGUGAUCAGCGCCACCACCACGGGCACCAUCACCCACACCUACGUCCCCGUCCCCCCGAAGAUCAAAGUGAAGCAGGAUAAGAUCCUGAUCUACCACCCGGCCUUCAUCAAGUACGUCUUCGAUAACUGGCUGCAGGGCCAUGGGCGGUACCCGUCCACCGGCAUCCUCUCGGUCAUCUUCUCCAUGCACGUCUGUGAUGAGGUGGACUUGUACGGCUUUGGGGCAGACAGCAAAGGGAACUGGCACCACUACUGGGAGAACAACCCAUCGGCAGGGGCUUUCCGGAAGACAGGCGUGCACGACGCGGACUUCGAGUCCAACGUCACUGCCGCCCUGGCGGCCAUCAACAAAAUCCGCAUCUUCAAGGGGAGAUGACGCCCAGGGGGGGCCUGGGGGUGUCCUGCACCGCCUCGCGCCUCUCUCUGCUCACAACCGCAGCAUCUUGCUGGAGCCAAUCCGUUCUGGAAGCUUCCAGGGCCGGCCUCGGGUAUGCUCCAGCGUGCUCCUGGCCUCUCGCAUCUCCACCUUUGACAUCAAAGUUGCCCCAUUGUGUGCCAGGGCCGCAAAGAAGGCCCCGGCCCCUCCCCCGCGGCGGUCCCCAAGCCGGGGGAAGGUGGUGGGAAGGACACAAGCUUCAAAGAGGACAAUCAUUGGGGCUUUUGGAUUUCAGGGCACAAAACACAGUGGACUCCCCUAUUCCAAAGGCCAGGCAGUCUCCCAGGAGGAAAGUGGGUGGAGGCUGACUCCCGAGGAGAGCUGCAGCGCACUCAGCACCCAGCUCCCGCUGGGAUGCUUGUAAAUGACCGUUACCUCCCGGACAGCCACGCUGGGCCAUCCAGGCACAGGGCGACCAUGAUGCCCUUUGCACGAAGCCUGGCCUCUUGCUUGGUGUGACCACCCCUCGGUCCCCCUCUGUUUCCAAAGCUCCCGG